AUGGCUCCAGCAAAACAACUAUCUCUGUUUUUCCUACUCAUGCUUGUCUCCUCUCUCCAAAUUCAAGCAAGGGAAAGCAAAUUCUUCAACAACGUCAAACAUUACACCACCACCACCACCACCACCAACGGCAAGGAGACCGAUGAGCUCCCCAAGAAAGAAGAAACCUUAACAAAAGAGGACGAGGAGCCAAGCUUCACCCAAGAGAACCAAAACGGUUAUGGCCUCUACGGUCAUGGCUCGGAACAGCUCCCUCCCACCACUGACAACAACGCAUACUACACUUCCGGCAACCUCCCAGAGAAGACCACCACCAACGAAUACACUGGUGGAAGCUACGAGUACAGGCAGUUCAAUAAACGCUACCCAAACAACCAUUACAGCAAAAACAUUAAUGGCUAUGACACCAGGCAGCAGGGAAUGGGUGACACAAGGUUUGCAAACGCAGAAUACCUAAACAACAACAACAACAAUGGCUACGAGACCAGGCAACAAGAAAUGGAUGGAGAGAGAUUUGCAGACACGGGCUACCCCAACAACAACAACUACUACAUGUACAACAACAAUGGGUACGCGACGGAGCAGCAAGGCAUGAGCGACACACGGUUCCUAGAGAACGGCAAGUACUUCUACGAUGUCAAGAAUGAGAACUCUUAUCUCGGUGGAUACGGAGGGCAGACGGAUGGCCGUCGAGGAACGGACGGCCGUGGUGGUUACAACCGUGGAGGAAUGGACGGUCGUGGUGGUUACAACCGUAGAGGAACGGACGGCCGUGGUGGUUAUAAUGGUAACAACAAUGGGAACGCAUACGAAUACAACUCCAUGGAAGGAUACCAGAACCAGGAGCAGUACCAAGAGAGCCAGGAUGAGUAUGAGCCGUGA